AUGGCGUCUGGAACUGCCGGAGACGCUAUAUUCGGAAACGUAUUCGGAGGAUGUAUUUCCAGUGACGAAUUUGGUAUUGAGAGGAGGCCAUACCACCGUAACUGCAGCUGCGCUCUCCAUAAAUCCGGCGAAAACAAUUGCCCUCAUGCUUCUCAUCACAAACAGAAGGUCUCCUACCCUGUCAGACGAUCAUGGAGCGAAGGUUGUCUUGUGGCUAUGAUGACAUCAGCAGGCUCUGCUUCUUCUGGUUCUUCCCCUUGUUGUCCUUCUUCACCGGCACCGACACCUCCUGUUACGGCGAGACUGCCGCCGCAUGUGCGGAGCCAUCAAGUGAAUCAUUAG